AAAUUUCUGUUACAUUUUAGAGUGUAGUCUAGACCAGAGAAGUGUAUAAAAAUGGACAAAACUCAAAAAUGUAUAGCUCUGAGCCCGGUUCUCCCAAAAGCAUCUUAAUUAAUAAGGCCAGGCAAGUUCAUUUUGGGAACCCGGGUCCAGAUUGAAUCCUCAGAGUGAACCACACGCGUGCGAACGGCGUGCCAUAAACAGUAAACACUUCCUGCCAAAUAGUGGUCCCUAACAACAGACAAAGCGGUGUGGAAUCAAUACGAAGCCAUUCAACAACAACAAACAAAAAACACAUUACCCCAAAUGGUGGACUCCCAAUCAAGUUGUAGAAACAUCUCAAGGAUGAUCAAUGGAAACAGGAUGCACCUGAGCUCAAUUUCGAGUCUCAUAGGUUCUGAAUACUUAUGUAAAAUAAGCAGUGUCCAGACGGCCUCCCCGAGAAGUAGAGAGUAGAGACAUGUCAGGAGGAAGUGGCUCAGCGCAUAUGGACGACUCGCAGGACCUGCCUGACUUGCCGACCAAGAAGGCCAGACUGGACGUUGGACUGAACCAAGAGCAAAGGGGACAACGUGAUGACCAGAUCCCUCCUACUCUCUUCGGCUCAGGAGAUCAGGACAAUUCAUACUCUACGUUGUCUAAUGCCCAGCUUGAUGGAGCGGUGGCCAGCAGAGCGCUCACCACAACAACAGCCUCUGAAUAUAACUCCUACAUCUACCAAGGAAGCAGACCAGCAGUCACAUCCUACACCACCAGCCAGGGUACCUUUCCUCCUCUGGCCCAGGCCACAGUCUACACCGCCUUCCCUCAGGCAGGACAGACCCAGGCUACAGUCUACACCGCCUUCCCUCAGGCAGGACAGACCCAGGCUACAGUCUACACUGCCUUCCCCCAAGCAGGACAGACCCAGGCUACAGUCUACACCGCCUUCCCUCAGGCAGGACAGACCCAGGCUACAGUCUACACUGCCUUCCCCCAAGCAGGACAGACCUACGGCCUCCCACCAUUUGGUGCUAUGUGGCCAGGUAUUAAGUCAGAGACUGGGCUGCCUGAUGCAGCACCCUCUGUUGGCCAGCCUGGGUUCCUCAGCUUCAGGUCAGCAUAUACCUCAACCCAGCCAGACCCAGGCCAUGUGCACUGCUCAUACCCCAGCCAAGGCUCCAGUUUCACUACAUCCAGUGUGUACACUAACAUCCCCUCUGCUUCCGCAGCUACAGAGGCUCACCAGGAGUUCAGCAGCUAUAACGUCAACUCUUUGGGCCAGACCCAGUUCCCUCAGUACUACGCCCCGCCCCUUAGCUACCUCCCUGCCGGGCUGCCCAAUGGCGAAGAGAAUGGAUCCAGUAUGGGUGUGGCCGGGUAUCCGGCUAUAAAGACAGAGGGCAGUGCCUUGGCUGGACUGCCCAGCACUACAGAUGCAUGCCCACGUGAGAACCUCCCGACUGGCGUAGCCCUCCCCAUGGGGGCCCUGGACCAGGAUGAGGCAGUGAGGAGGAACCCUGCUGGGAAGGCCAAGGGGAAGGCCAAGAAAUCAGACGGCAACCAGCCUACUGACGCUGACCUGGAGCGAAUCUUUCUGUGGGAUCUGGAUGAAACCAUCAUAAUUUUCCACUCUCUGCUCACUGGGUCCUUCUCUCAGAAGUUUGGCAAGGACUCCGACACUGUGCUGAACCUGGGCCUUCAGAUGGAGGAGCUGAUCUUUGACCUGGCAGACACACACCUCUUCUUCAAUGACCUGGAGGAGUGUGAUCAGGUUCAUGUUGAAGACGUAGCCUCUGAUGACAACGGACAGGAUCUGAGCGCCUACAACUUCCUAGCGGAUGGCUUCCACAACCCCAGUGGUGUAGGCGCCGCCACAGGAGUCCAGGGCGGGGUGGAGUGGAUGAGGAAACUGGCCUUCCGUUAUCGUCGCCUGAAGGAGAUCUACAACGGAUACAAAGGGAAUGUGGGAGGCCUGCUGAGUCCCAUGAAGAGGGAGCUGCUCCUCCGGCUCCAGUCUGAGAUGGAGAAUAUGACGGACGCCUGGCUCAGCACAGCACUCAAAUCCUUGCUGCUUAUCCAGUCCAGGUCAGCACAGGGUAAGUGUAUGAAUGUCCUGGUGACGACCACCCAGCUGGUACCUGCUCUGGCCAAAGUGUUGCUCUAUGGUCUUGGGGAUGUCUUCUCCAUAGAGAACAUCUACAGCGCCACCAAGAUAGGGAAAGAGAGCUGCUUCGAGCGCAUCGUCUCUCGCUUUGGGAAGAAUGUGACCUAUGUGGUGAUUGGAGACGGCCGUGAUGAGGAAUUCGCGGCAAAACAGCACAACAUGCCUUUCUGGCGUAUCACCACCCACGGGGACCUGGUAUCCCUCCAUCAAGCCCUGGAACUAGACUUCCUGUAGAACGGAAGGAAUGGAGGUUAAGACACAAAGGGAAACGUGUGUGUGUGUGUGUGUGUGUGUGUGUGUGUGUGUGUGUGUGUGUGUGUGUGUGUGUGUGUGUGUGUGUGUGUGUGUGUGUGUGUGUGUGUGUGUGUGUGUGUGUGUGUGUGUGUGUGUGUGUGUGUGUGUGUGUGUGUGUGUGUCCAACCCUUCUGUUCGCUUGUGGAGUGACAUUAUAAGCUGAGUGUCCUCAGCUCCACACCAGCCCUCAAACUCACACACCCUUUACACACCUGCUGGCUGUAGCGUGUCGCUCUUUUCCCCGUGUGAUGGCCAUGGACUGAUCUGAGGUGGACUUUGGGGUGGCAGUGGCUGGGAAGCAGACUGGACAGACAGACCUACUCUCUGAUGUAGAGCUCCUCCCAAGCAACACUCUCCAUAUGGCAGCUAUCCUCCAAAGACUGAGCCUGAUCACUGGGGCAUAGCAGCAGCGACCGACCGACCGACGCCGACAGGCAGGACAUGACUAAAAUGAAGAAGACCAUUCCCAUAUCUCUCUCUGCAGUGUCUGUAGUCUCUGGCUCCACAACCCACAGGCUGUUUUCCUCUGUUCUCUCUCUGGCUUGCAUCCCAAAUGCCACCCUAUUCCCUAUGUAGUGCACUACAUUUGAUAGGGCCUAGUGCUCUCAUCAAAAAUAGUGCACUACAUAGGGAAAAGGGUUCCAUUUGGGACGUCGCCUCUUGUUAGUGGAUCGACUAAAGCAAAAGGUCUGCAGCCCUGUCUGGCAUCCCGGACGUUUGAUAGGGCCUAGUGCUCUCAUCAAAAAUAGUGCACUACAUAGGGAAUAGGGUUCCAUUUGGGACGUCGCCUCUUGUUAGUGGAUCGACUAAAGCAAAAGGUCUGCAGCCCUGUCUGGCAUCCCGGACGGACCCUUCUGGUUGUUUAGACCUUACACUUGUACUAUUUUUCCAAAUUCUCUUUCUGUAGGGUAGCUAUUCAUGAAAGUAUAAUGUCACUUCGAAUGUUUUUUUAUACUUUGUAUUUUUAAAAGGUUGUUUUGCGUUCCAAAUUACUUGAGGUAUCAUUGAUGAGGGUCGGUAAUAAUUUUCGUCUUUUCAAAGCAUAUGAUUCGAUGACUACUUAAGAAUGACCUUCAAUUGACCUUCUGGAUGUAACCUUUCCAUUAGUUCACUAACAGUACCGACGUGUUCUCCAUAGACACCUCCGCUGUCCUGACCUCUCCACUGUGUCACGGGCUUCAACAGCCUAACUGACUUCUGUGGUCUUUUUGACAUAAACUGAUGUGUGGUCAGAAUGACUCAAUGAAGACCCUAACAAACCUGUAUUCCACUGCAUGGUAUCAAGGAUGCCAGGUUACUAUGUAGUUAAUCAUAAGAACAGCCAAUCCAGGCGUUUUCUGUGAGAAACAGCCAAUCCAGGUGUUUUCUGUGAGAAACAGCCGAACCAGGCCUUUCUGUGAGAAACAGCCGAACCAGGCCUUUCUGUGAGAAACAGCCGAACCAGGCCUUUCUGUGAGAAACAGCCGAACCAGGCCUUUCUGUGAGAAACAGCCGAACCAGGCCUUUCUGUGAGAAACAGCCAAUCUAGGCGUUUUCUGUGAAAAACAGCCGAACCAGGCCUUUCUGUGAGAAACAGCCGAACCAGGCCUUUCUGUGAGAAACAGCCGAACCAGGCCUUUCUGUGAGAAACAGCCAAACCUGGCCUUUUCUAUACAUUUACAUCUAAGAAACCAAGGAUGGGCCUUCAAAACAAUGUGCAUCUUCAUUAGCAUGACGCUGAUGUGAAUGUGUGAACAUGUUCACAUAACCUGUGGAAGAAACCUUCCCCUUGGAGUAACUGUUCCUCAGAGCACAACCCUACAUGUCUUGGAGUAACUGUUCCUCAGAGCACAACCCUACAUGUCUUGGAGUAACUGUUCCUCAGAGCACAACCCUACAUGUCUUGGAGUAACUGUUCCUCAGAGCACAACCCUACAUGUCUUGGAGUAACUGUUCCUCAGAGCACAACCCUACAUGUCUUGGAGUAACUGUUCCUCAGAGCACAACCCUACAUGUCUUGGAGUAACUGUUCCUCAGAGCACAACCCUACAUGUCUUGGAGUAACUGUUCCUCAGAGCACAACCCUACAUGUCUUGGAGUAACUGUUCCUCAGAGCACAACCCUACAUGUCUUGGAGUAACUGUUCCUCAGAGCACAACCCUACAUGUCUUGGAGUAACUGUUCCUCAGAGCACAACCCUACAUGUCUUGGAGUAACUGUUCCUCAGAGCACAACCCUACAUGUCUUGGAGUAACUGUUCCUCAGAGCACAACCCUACAUGUCUUGGAGUAACUGUUCCUCAGAGCACAACCCUACAUGUCUUGGAGUAACUGUUCCUCAGUGCACAACCCUACAUGUCUUGGAGUAACUGUUCCUCAGAGCACAACCCUACAUGUCUUGGAGUAACUGUUCCUCAGAGCACAACCCUACAAGUCUUGGAGUAACUGUUCCUCAGAGCACAACCCUACAUGUCUUGGAGUAACUGUUCCUCAGAGCACAACCCUACAUGUCUUGGAGUAACUGUUCCUCAGUGCACAACCCUACAUGUCUUUGAAUUCCUGCAAAAGAGACUUAACUUGACAAUGAGGAUUUUUAACAGCAGUUGGCUGGAAGGGAUGGCACAAUCACACACGUUAUAUUAGGUACAGUGGAAUUGUUAUCUGUUAUUGUUCAAUACUGGAAAUGAUGUUAAGACCAAGAAGUCACGGGAGAUUUGUCUGGCCAAGAUUCUCACAACAUGACAGAUAAUUUGCAUCACAAAGAUCACGUGUUGUCAUUGAUAAAUGGGAAAUGUUUCUGGGGGGGGGGGACAGGCAGCAUGUAGCUGGUCGAGAGGUGGUUAGAGGGUUGAUGUUAUGAAUCCCUGGUCCAUGUGAGAUUACAAUACUGAGCCCGAUGAUGCCGAUCAUUUUGACACUUACGGCUUGACCAGUAAGAAUGUUUAUCUUGUGUAUUUCUUUGUGUGUCUGUAUAUAUGCAUACUGUGCCUUUUCUCAACAUUCUCUAUUAUAUAUAUAUAUAUAUAUAUGUGUGUGUCAUCUCUACAGGAAAUACUUCAGAUGCGUUAAACACAUGAUCAAACAUGGUUGUUACACACUUGAGUUGAAGUGUCUACUUUUUUUAAUACUGUUAUCCAUCUGCUGAAACUUUUUUAAAUCUUUAACCAUCAGUAACCAUUUCUGUGUUGCUAAGUGAUUUAAAAAAAAAGAUUUUCUCUCCCUUACAGUUCAGAUUUUAUUUCUUGUUUUAAUUGUCCUGCCGAUACAUACAUGUUAUGGCCGAAAUGCUCUGCUCUCAAGACGAGUCACAGCCGAAAUGCUCUGCUCUCAAGACGAGUCACAGCCGAAAUGCUCUGCUCUCAAGACGAGUCACAGCCGAAAUGCUCCGCUCUCAAGACGAGUCACAGCCGAAAUGCUCCGCUCUCAAGACGAGUCACAGCCGAAAUGCUCUGCUCUCAAGACGAGUCACAGCCGAAAUGCUCUGCUCUCAAGACGAGUCACAGCCUUGUCCACUAAGUCAGAGCAUCAUUUUCCAUGUUGAAACCUGCCGUCACCUUUAAGUUUAUUUGACUUUUUAAAGUUUGUUUUUGUUGAGUCGCUGUGUCUUGGUUUCACUGCUUAGACAAUCACAUCUCAAUCACUUGGGGUCCAGAUCCAUCAUUCCCCUGGUGAAACAUAUAACGUAGUCUGUAACAGUACCACUAUGGGACAUGAGAGAAAUAGUAUGCAUUGUAAAAUGCUUUGGAAUGGAAGAGGUAUCUUGGACAUGGAAUUUUGUAAAGUUGACAAGACAGACCGGUGUCUUUUAAUUGACUGACUGCACAUUCAUAUUACAAUCUGUUUCCACAAGUUUUUUUUUAAAUAUAAGAUCAGACAAGCUUGAUCCUCUGAUGCACAUCUUCAAUAUCUAACAUCAUGGAAUCAAUCAACCCCAGCCAAAAACAUUUGAUCUGUUAUUGCUGAUUGUCAUGCUGAUCAUGUCUCUAGUGUUGCUUCACACCUUUUGGUUGGUAUGAUUGAUUUUUUUUGUAGUCCUGGAAUGUGUUUACAGUAUUUGUAUCAGUGAAAAAAAAUAUUAAUUUAAGUACUAUGUUACUAACAAAGUGUGAUUCUGUACGUUUAAUUUUUCAAAUUUGAUUUGAUUUCUUUUGUACAUUUUACUUAGACUGUUUAAUGUAUCCCUUCAGUUUGUAUUAAAGCCCAGGAACUAUGUACCAUUUUAUAUACUCUUAACAAACCUUUUGUUGAAGUGCAUUUUGUUGUACUAUUUCAACUGUCGAAUGCAAUGAGCUAUGAAUGUACAUAGUUUUGUAGGGCUCAACUUGUUCAUGCUUUGUAGGGAUAUAUCUGGCUCAACUUGUUCAUGCUUGUAGGGAUGUAUUUGGCUCUACUCAAGACGAUGAAACACUAUAUAUAUAUAUAUAUAUACACAAAAGUAUUUGUAUAUAUAUAUAUAUAUAUAUACAAAAGUAUUUGUAUAUCCAGUGGAUUUAGCUAUUUCAGCUACACCUGUUGCUGACAGGUGUAUAAAAUCGAGCACACGGCCAUGCAAUCUCCAUAGACAAACAUUGGCAGUAAAAUGGCCUUACUGAAGAAUUCAGUGAUUUUCAACAUGGGACCGUCAUAGGAUGCCAACUUUUCCAACAAGUCUGUUUGUCAAAUUUCUGCCCUGCUAGAGAUGCACUGGUCAACUGUAAGUGCUGUUAUUGUGAAGUGGAAACGUCUAGGAGCAACAACGGCUCAGCCGCGAAGUGGUAGGUCACACGAGCUCACAGAACAGGACCAAUGUGCUGAAGAGUGUAGCGCGUAAUAAUCGUCUGUCCUCGGUUUAAUACUCACUACCGAGUUCCAAACUGCCUCUGGAAGCAAUGUCAGUACAAUAACUCUUUGUCGGGAGCUUCAUGAGAUAGUUUUCCAUGGCCGCACACAAGCCUAAGAUCACCAUGCGCAAUGCCAAGUGUCUGCUGGAGUGGUGUGAAGCUCACUGCCAUUGGCCUCUGGAGCAGUGGAAACGCGUUCUCUGGAGUGAUUAAUCACGCUUCAUCAUCUGGCAGUCCGAGAGACGAAUAUGAGUUUGGCGGAUGCCAGGAGAACGCUACCUGCCCGGAUGAUUAGUGCCAACUGUAAAGUUUGGUGGAGGAAUAAUGGGGCUGUUUUUCGUUGUUCGGGCCCCUUAGUUCCAGUGAAGGGAAAUCUUAACACUACAGUAUUCUAGAUUCUAGAUUAUUCUGUGCUUCGAACUUUGUGGCGACAGUUUGGGGAAGACCCUUUCCUGUUUCAGCAUGACAAUGCCCCUGUCAACAAAGCGAGGUCCAUACAGAAAUAGUUUGUCGAGAUCGGUGUGGCAGAAUUUGACUGCCUUGCACAGAGCUCUGACCUCAACCCCAUCGAACACCUUUGGGAUGAAUUGGAACGUCGACUGCGAGCCAGGCCUAAUCGCCCAACAUCAGUGCCUGACCUCACUAAUACUCUUGUGGCUGAAAGGAAGCAAGUCCCCGCAGCAAUGUUCCGACAUUUAGUGGAAAGCCUUCCCAGAAGAGUGGAGGUUGUUCUAGCAGCAAAGGGGGGGAACCAACUCCAUUUUAAAUUACCAUGAUGUCGGAAUGAGAUGUUCGACGAGCAUGUGUCCACAUACUUUUGGUCCUGUAGUGUAUAACUGACUCGUGUUUUCAAACCCCACAUUUUUUUUAAAUGGGACCGGAAACACUGUUGAAGGCCCAAUAAGGUUGUCCUGUGUACAUUAACACUGAUGGUAGUGUAAAUACAAAUUAAAGUACUUUGAAGGUG